GAAACUAUUGACGAAAUUCUUUCACACGUUAAACAUGAUAAACACUCUUUAUAUUCAUGUCUACUCGUAAAUCGAUAUUGGUGUAGACGAGUAAUUCCAUGGCUUUGGGGCCAUCCCCUGAAAAUUUUAUCGGCUCUUGAAUCUGCCAACAUUGCACCCCUUAUCAGAACUUACAUUUCUUGUCUUUCGGAAAAGGAGAGAUCUUUUUUAAUUGAACAUGGCAUAAAUUUGCCAAACUAUCCUCAACCUUUCUUUCAUUAUGCAUCAUUUCUCAAGGACCUUGAUUAUCGUAGAUUAGAAAUUUCGGUACGUCAUUGGAUCAAAUAUGAAGGAACUGCAGGCAGCAAUUAUCCGACAAGACGUAGAGCUUUUCCUGGAAUUUCUUUGAAUAAUGCAUCCAUCAUA